GCAGCCCGUGCAACACGAUGUCCAGCCCCUCCCACUCAUCCAUCGCCCCGGCGCUGCCGGGAGUGGAAAUAUUGGGAAAAGGGUUUCGGUUGGCUUGGAGACGGCAGGAGAAUGGAAGUCCAGUAGGGAACCUGUGGGAACCCAGAAGAUGAUGUUGAAGAUGGCUUGCAGAAACUCCCCAGAUGAUUGCCCAUCUGAUUCGGGUCGUUAAAAUGAUCCUGGAAUCUACGGGAGCAGUCAUGGACUUAGCCCUUUGGAACGACAAGCCCUAUGGGUCCUCUCGGAGUAUUGUAAGGAGGAUAGCUACCAGCCUCCCUCUGAGACCUUGCCCACGUGUGCGGUUUCAGCUUCAUCCUUAUGUUGAUGCCCCCAGCAGUCUGCAGUGCACAACUCAAGAAAAUGGACUUGUAGCUUCACUUGCAGACGUUGCUUGGAUUGACGCAGAUGAAGAAGAGUCAUUUAACAUACACAGGUUAGAAGCUCGACCAGACUUUCUUUUUACUGCUCACCAACGGCAAUAUUUUGGUAAACCUCUUCAAAAGCAGCUGUCCUUACCAACCCUAAACAGCGAAGACCUAGAGCCAAAGAGUCCUGCAUAUGCCAACGAUGAGGCCAUACAGAAAAUCACUGCACUUGAGAAUGAACUGGCUAAACUCCGAGCACAGAUUGCACAGAUCGUGCUCAUCCAGGAGCAAAAGACCCAGGCUGAUGGUUCUGCAUCUUUACCAGCUGGAGCGCCCCUACCCCCUCCGCCCCCUCCUCCACCUCCUCCCCCCCCUCCCCAGCCCCCCCCAGGCCUUCAGCGCUGCAAUUCUGCUAUAGACCUCAUCAGGGAGCGGCGAGGGAACAAGACCGCCGGCCCGGGCCUGCUGGACUCGGGCCCCAAGCAGCCGGCGAUGCCCAGCAUGCUAGAAGUGCUCAAAGACAUGAGCAAGGUGAAGCUGCGCUCUGUGAAACCGGAGCAGUGCCAAGCCAGAGCGAAGCCGGGUGACCCUGCAGACGCAGCGGCUCUGAUAGCGGCAGCUUUGAAGCGGAAAUUCGCUCAUCGGUACAAGAGGGACAGCCAGUGCGAAACCGAUAUUAACCUUCCGGCUUCUGAAACGCAGACCUGUGCCGAGACCGCAGCGUUUGGACAACACAUGCUGAAGCCCACUGGAAAACGGAGGGAUUUAGUCAGCAGCGUGUCUAAAACAUAACGUCAAUAUGUAAAUAUCUUGUAUUUAAGAUAGUGUAAAACACUAUAAGUCAGGAUAUUCCUGGCAAAGCAAAUUCUCUCUACAGUCAAGAUUCGACCAACCUUACUUAUCGAGAUGUUGGUUACUAGAAUGUACCUCUGUUUGGAAUCAAGUGUCUAAAAUGGUACAGAUUAGUAACGGCCUUCCUUUUUUAUAAUAGUUUAGUGCAUCACUAAACCUGCCAGUUGUCAUGCUCUCCGCAUGGCGGCUCCCAGAACACAGUUUUAUUGGCACAGUACAGAUUGAUAUUUUCCCAAGUAUGUUGAUAAGGUUGGGACCCUUUCUCGACUUGAUGUAUAGAAUGUGCUAAUCUUUUAGGUUAAUUUUAGGUUAAUUGUAACUUAAUUAAAUUCUACUUAAGGGCUUAUUACCAAUUCUUACUGGACCCGUUAAUUUAAAAAUGCUUGGCAUCACUCUGGGAGACAUGAAGAGGGGGUAUUCUUUAUGAAGCUGCCACGAGUGCCUUCUUCUGCCUGGUCCUCAUUACAGCAGAAUGGAGACCAGUCAGGAUCUGAGCUCGGUGACAGUAUAUUUCACAUUUUUUCCAGUUUUGAAAUAAUUUAACGGUACCCUAACAGUUUUUUAAAAAGUAAGUCAAAAUAUAAGCUGCCGUUGAUUUUGAUGAGAACACUCUAUCUUCACAGCCACGGCAACAAUGUCUUAGAAACUCGAGUCUCUUGAAUUUUAAGUGUUUUUGCCUUUUAAGUAUGAUACAAGUGCCAGAAUAUUUUCACUUAUGUCACUCUUGGCGUUCGAGAGGGCAUGUGAGGUAUGUUACUCUCCCAGACACGGACUUGUUAUGUCCCUGUACCUAGACUUGUGAGCAGGUUUUUCAGAGAGCUUGAAGGACUGUGGAAGUGAAAAGCAGAAAGCAGAAGAGAGGUUUAUCAAAGGAAGGCUGUAAUGAGAAGGCACAUAAAGAAAUUGAAAUGUGUCAUUAAAAAAUGGAAUGCCAUUUCGUUUCUGUACAUGUUGGAACAUUGUGUUCUUCUAAGAUGUAUUCAGUUACCAAAAAAAGUGACAAAAUACUCUCAGAAGCAAAUGGGCAAAAGCAUUUUAUUGUAUUCUGGAAGUGGAAAAUUUAACACUUGUUUUUAUUUAUUUAUAAAAAUCUAAACUUAAGUUCUAGAUUGUUUUUUGUUUUGUUCUGUAGAUUACUGCAUGACAUAAAUGCAUAUACUGUAAGGACUCGAGUAUGACCUGCUUCACAUAGUCUGGUUUUAAUACUCCCAUCUUCACAAGAAAAGAUGCAGCACUUAAAAAUGAGACCAGAUGGAAAAAUGUUUGGUGUUUUCUGAUUAAUUGUUUUCAUGCAGAUUUUAUUUCAAAGUACAAGCUUUUAUUUCAAGUAUUUUGUUUCAAAGUACAAGCAUGUGGCAUUUCAUUAUACUUAAUUUGGUGGACGUUUUGAUAUUGAUAUCAUUUUGAUAGAGCAGACAUAUUCUUGCCGAACUAAUUGCUUUGUAAGAUGGUGUGUCUGAGACCACUGAUCUUCUAUAUACUUUAUUGAUUUCACACAAUGCAGAAUAAAUCCGGAGAGCAAAAUAUGUUUAAUUCUAUUGCAUUUGUCAUAGGACAAAUUUCAGUAAGAAAAAAGUACAUGGUUUUGAUGCCAUACAUGGAGUAAACAGUUGUGCUGAAAGAAAAGCUCUGUGAUUAUUUGAGAAGGACAAGUUGUAAUUAUUUCUACAUAUCAUUUUAUUGCUCUACGAUGCCAAAGGUAUUUCUGUCAGACCAUUUUGAAAUUAAAAUAUUUGCCGUAGAAGUUUGAAAACUGAAAAUUUAAUCAUCUUAAGAUCUUAAUCAUCUUAAUUAGGUUUAAUUAAGCAAAUGUACACAUUUAUGCAGUGGUAUUCAAUAGCAGACUAAUUCUGUUAUACGGUGUCUGUAUAAAAAUGUUCUGUAUAGUUUAUCCAGUUUCUGCUGUGUUAAUGACAAAAUUUCAGAGUGCUCUUGGAAUCAUGCUGGUACAUAAUGCAAGCCACUUGUCAUGUCAAUAUUGGUUUUCAAACAGUACCUUGCUCGAUGUAUUAGGAAACAUCACUGUACAAGCUGUUUUCAGUAAUUUUAUCAUGCAAACAAGUAAAAGUGGUUAAGAAAAUCCCA